AUGGGGCGGUCGGCGGCCGUCGCGACGUCGCCGCCCGCGUCGGAACAUCCCCACGCGUCUUCGCAAGGCGCCUCGCCGACGGAGGCGUACGGAUUCGUCGGGUUCAUCUUGAGCGGCGUCGCGUUCGCGCUCUACCUCCUCUGGGCGUACGUCCCCGACGACGCCCUGCGCGCGCUGGGCGUCGCGUGCUCCCCCGACAAGUACUGGGCCGUCGCGCUCCCGACGUGGGCGGGCGUCGCGCUCGUCUACGCCGCCGUCGCGUACGAGAGUCUCUGCAUGCUCGACGUGAAGCGCCCGGAGGACGUGGACGGGAUGGAGGAGUUGAGCGACGCGGGGGCGAUACCGCGGAGAUCGCGCGGGGACGACCCGGAGGUGCGCGCGCGUCGCGGCGCGUCGCGCGCUCGCGUGGGCACCCCUCCGUACCGCUUCUCGUCUCGUCUCGUCUCGCGGCGUCCGCGCGUCGUCGCCUCUUCUCACCGCGACAUCUCACCGCGUCCGCGUCUCGAUUCCUCCCUCGCGCCUCCAGGGAGCCGUGCCCGCGAUCAGGGACCUGCCUCUGUCCGAGGUGUGCCGGGUGUUAUAUCGCGCGCGAGGGGGGCGGCGGCGCGUGCGGCGGCGUCUGGCGGCGGAACGUCGGUGACCGCCUCUUCCCAGUCGCGUUCGGCGCUCGGCUGGGCGGCGGGGCGGGGACGACGAUGA